AUGUCCGAGAUUUCUAUGCAUAUUCAACAUUGUAUUUUGUAUGAGUUCCAGCUCGGAAACAGUGCAAGUGCUGCUGCUCGCAAUAUAUGUGCUGCUCUCGGCAAAGGUGCAGUUGGUGAUCGUACAUAUCGUGAUUGGUUCAAAAGAUUCCGGGCAGGCGACUUGUCAUCGAAAGAUCAACCGAGGUCUGGACGUCCUCUCGAAUCCGGUGUUGAACGAUUAAAAGCAUUGAUAGAAGACAAUCCACGGCUAACCACACGUGACUUGUCAGCAAUGGUAGGCUGCAACCAAUCCACGAUCGAUCGUCAUCUGCAUCAAAUGGGAAAAGUCAAUAAGCUUGCUUUGUCUUUAGUUCACUUUUGUCAAGCUCUCAGAGGUGCAAACCUCGACCGAAGUGUGAUUGAAAAUUAUAAGAAACCGAUUGGUGAGAACACAAGUUGGGACUCAUUUAUCUCAACAAGUAAGAACUGUAAAUUAGCAGAAAGGUUUGGCAAUACACUGUUUAUUAUUGACACGUCAUCGUGUAGUGGAAUUGAUAUAUCAUCGUAUUCAGGAUUCCCUGACGAAGAAGAAGUAUUACUUCCUGCAGGAACAGCUUCUAAAGUUCUCAAAGUUGCACCUUAUUCCACAUCGGGGCAAUAUUCUGUUUAUGUAGAGCUUCUACCUGAAGUUCGCAUCGUCUUACUUGGAAAAACUGGAACACGAAGGUGAACUUGUCUCAUCAAAAUUAAUAUUCUUCUGUUACGGUGUACUUCUAGGCAAAAGUUCAUUUGGAAAUACAAUAUUAGGUGAAGAACGAUUUGAAGCAGACUGCGAUUCAGAAUCUGUUACUAAAAAGUGCUCAGUUGGUGUUCGACUUUUCAAUGAUAAAAAGAUGGUGAUUGCUGAUACGCCAGGGUGAUACGCCAGCUUUUCCAAAAAUCGCAUUUUGAUUUUUGUCGAAAAAUUUAAGGGCAAAGGUUUUAAGGCCUUUGGAACAUCGAAAACAUUUUUUCCUCUAAAAUUUUCGAAACACACCUUUUCUGACUCAGAAUUUUGUUCUAAUUACGAAUAUGGGAUCCAUAGUUAGAAAAAGUAAACAUUUCGUGGAGUCGAAUGCCAAAAACUGAAGGUUGGUGAAGGUCAGUCCAAUUGAUAGUUUCCAGGUUUUCACCAAGAAAGAGUCAUUCAAAAACUUGAAACUAAACAGUUAUUGGCGAAAAUAGUUGCUCUAUCCAAAUAUGUAAACAUAAAUACAGUUUGAGCGUAUUUUGAGCAAAAAUAUUAAGAAAAAGAGGAAAAAUGGUCAAAGAUCGGCCACAAUCCUUCACUGUGUGGCCUCUGCAUUCCAAACGAAAUCUUGAACUAUGAAAAAUCAGAACAACCUACCAUAGGUGACCAAACUUACGGCAAUUCUAUAGAAAUCUUAUGGGUGGCUCUACAGGACCUAUCCCACAGUUUACAAAAGUAUUUUCGCCAGUGAUGAAAAGUACUUUUUCUGGAGCAGUUUUGCAUGCUGAUUUCAUUGGUGAAACCCCAGGUCCGUAUCUAUCUAGGAAAAAACGUUAUUCACAAAACAAUUUUCGAAAAAGAUGGUGAUUUUUUACUGUUUUCCAGCUAAAAUACCCUAUCUUUCAGAGCGUCUAGCUCCUAGAGGACACGUCGUAGAACCUUCAUUCUUGCGUCAAAUGAAAGAGCAAGUCGAGCUCUCCAAGAUCCUGUCUUCAAAAUUUAUGUCAGAGUAGGUUCACCGAAUCAAAAACCCAUCGAAAUCUUAUGAAGUUUUCAACAGAAAUUUCAAGCCUUCUAACGUCAAUAUUCAACAAAAUAACUUCCUAUAUACUAUUUUUAGCGUAGAAUCCAGACAUGGCAGUUGAAAAAGUGCAUUCAAGGUUUUUAGAAGUUUUUUGAGCAGGUCUCUAGAAAACACUUGGUUUUUUAAUGAGUUUUGAGUCGAAUUUUGAAAACGUUUUUGCACACGAGCUUCUAUAGUUAUUUCUACCUAACACCCGGUAACAGACAGAGUAUUCGUGGCUGUAGAAUACUCUCGGCCAAGCAUAAGUAAACGAGAACGCGUUUAGAACGCGAGUUUUCGAUAAUUUCUCCCUUAUAUAUUACAGGGGCUGCAAAGAACCGAAAGCUCUGACAAGUGAUUAACAGUUACGCGAUUCAAAAUAUCUCCUCAAAAAGUUCUUUACAUUCGAAGUCUCGCAUUUUACAAAUAUACAUUGUUUUCGUUUUCAACAAGUUUUGGCUGCCAUAAUUUUAGAUUUUCUACUUCUUGUGUAUAAAGGUCCUGCACUGUCAUUAUUGGGCCACCAAUGAGCUGUGAAGAUGUAAAAGUAAUUAUCAACUACAGAUAUGCAAGAAAUACUUGCCAA